UCCUCGACAGCAGAAGGGCUGAGAAUCCGCGAUGUCUUACGAUAUAUAAGAACCAAAUGCGGUCUCAAAUCAAUAAGAUUCUCACAAUCGGUGCCUAUUCUACACAAAACUGUUUCGACGAAUUCGUUGUCUAUCUUAAUGAUAAGGCUUCACUCGACGAUAUAUUCACACCAAUUGAGAUGUCUCUCAGCUAUUCACUCAUCCAAUUGCGGACAAAAAACAAUACGUUUUGUGCUAAAUGUCCGAUAAUUAAAGACAAUAAAGUGGUGACAAAUGAGAUACACUUCCAAACGGGUUGUAGAGUGGAUGAGAAAUGUGUCUCAAAACUGAAAAUAUCGACCAAAACUUUACUCAAUAAUAAGCCCUAUAAGAGAAGUGAUGUCAUAUGGGAAGGACAUCAUCGGACUUUAACUUUAGUGACAACU